AUGGAGGAAGAAAAGGAAGUGAAAUUGCUUGGGAUGUGGGCUAGUACAUAUGUUAAGAGAGUGGAAGUGGCCUUAAGAGUUAAGGGAAUACCCUAUGAGUAUAUAGAAGAAGACUUGAGCAAUAAGAGCCCUCUUCUGCGACACAAUCCAGUUCACAAGAAGGUCCCCGUACUUGUCCACAAGGGAAACCCUAUAGCUGAGUCCUCUGUCAUCCGGGCAUUUAUUGACGAAACCUGGAAAGUUGCUCCUCGGCUCCUCCCUGAUGAUCCGUAUCAGAGAGCUCAAGUUCGAUUCUGGGCAAGUUUUAUUCAGCAACAGCUGUUUGAGGCCAUUGGUCGGAUUAUCACAAGCAAUGCAGAAGCACAAGAGAAACCCACAGUUGAAUUGCUUCGACAAAUGGAUGUAUUCGAAGAAACGAUAAAAGAAUUUUACCCUGAGGACAUUCAAGGAAUCCGAAAUGACAACUUAGGGCUCUUGGACAUUCUAGUUUGUGCAACAUUUGGCCCCUACAAAGCUCAAGAGGAAGUCGCUGGCGUAAAAAUUCUAGAUCGGGAAAGGCAUCCGUUUAUAUACUCAUGGGUGACAAAUUUGAACGAGGUGCCUGUGAUGAAAGAAACAACCCCUCCUCUUGAGAAGCUUUUGGCACUGCUUCAAUUUGUUAGACAAAAUGCCCUCAAAACUUCCACUUCACAAUCUUGA